AUGCCUCCGAGAGUUUCCUUUCUUCUCAAAUUGAGUCAGAGACGUUUAUCGGUGAACACGGCGAGCACUUCCACAGCUUCUUACAUUGACUUCUCGUUCUCUAACGAAAUUCUAAAAAGCUCCUCACCGCAUAUCGAUCGAUAUUGCCACGAAUUCAUCGAAAGUUUGAAUGCGGAGCUUCAGAAUGUACAUUUUAUUCAGAAGAAAGUUCGUAAAACAAGUUGGAUUGACUUUUGCAAGUCGAUUGUGUUUUCAGAUCGACAAAAUCCGGGGCGAUCUUCGAAGAUGCUUCACAAAUAACGAAAUCCGUCUGGUCCCAAUCGGAGGUGCCGCCAAUUUGCUGCUCAACAAAAAAUCAGAUUUAGAUUUGGUAAGAAAAAGAACAAGACCAGCUUCCCCGAACUUCCUCAAUUUCAGGUGUUUCUUCCGUCGAACAGCGAGAAACAAUGGAGAAUCUUCAUGAAAAGGUUCAAUUAUGAUUUCGCGUUCCGUAAAAGUUAUAUGGAAAACGUGCGAGAUCAAAUAAUUGCGAAACGGGUCGGUUACUGCGAAGAUCCAUUCUUCACCGCACGAGUGAGUUGGCAUCGUUUUCGUGUGGAGACCCUUUCUGCAAGAUUUCAGGUCCCUUUGGUGAGAUUUCACUCGGGAAGGCGGCUCCAAGUUGACAUUCAGUUCGGCAACAUCGGCCCCAUCCGCAGCUCCCUUUUCGUCAGAACCUGCGUGGAAUUCGAUGAACGCGUCGGUCUUCUUGUUCAUUGGCUCACGCGACGAUUCGAUAAUGCGGGAAUUCUGAACAGUUUGGCGGGAAAGUUCUCGAGAUACCACGUAAAUGUACUGGUUAUUCACUUUCUCCAGGUAAACAUCACAUCCCAUCUCUUCGAAAAUUCCCCUAAUUUCCAGGCGAUUCCGUACCCCGUGCUUCCAGAUAUCAUCCAACUUUCACCAUGGUUGAGCACUCGAAACGACUGGAACAAUGCAGUUAAAGUGCUAUCCCGACAGGGCUCACUUUACGUGCCACACAGCAACGACGCGCCGAACGAACAGAGCGUCGGAGCCCUCGCCGUCCAGCUCAUCGACUACUACUCCCAAUUCGACUUUCAGAAACAGGCGGUCGAUACGAGAGGAAGGAUCAGACACAGAACUGACAACGAUCCGGGUCACUUUGAAAUCAUCGACGAAUACUUUGACGUAUCGACGUGCAGAGUUCGAGACGCGCCACUUCUUCUGACGGAACUCUUCGUCUCACUCAAGAAAACGGUAACAGAUGGAAACUACGAGCUUCUUUUCAAUUAUUAAACUGCAAUUUAAUAAACAAAUGUACAAUUUCUCUAUGUAUUCUAGUGUUCUUACACGGUUGGCAUUCCGUAGUUAGUAUCUCUUUGAGCCUGAAAGCUUCUAAUUUAAGAAGUUCCCUUAGAUCUCUUGCAGUUGCAUGGUCAUUUGGAAGAGACUUUUCUCCAAAAUGUCUGUCCUCCAGCCUCCAGAAUCCGUCCGCGGAAUGACGAAACUCGACAAAGAAGCAUUCAGUCAAGCGGUUGACUUUCCAGUUAUCGAGAUCGAAGCGAGAGACACGGGAAUCGUGAACAGAAGAGUCCGCCUGGAACCAUUUCUUAUCGGACACAAACUAAAACCGCUGAAGAAUCUGAUCGACAGCGAGAAAGAAGGAAAGAAGUAUCUGGUGUUCCAUCCGGAUAAAGUGAAAGAAGAGGAAACGAAAAAAAAGGUUCUGGAGAUGUUGGCAAGAGAAUUGGGAACGGAGAAGACGUUCGACUGGAAAACUCUUUCGAAGGAACUCACUUUCGACAACUGGGAUACCAAAUCCAUCUUCAAAGCGGUCCUUCCGGAAGGUCUCGAGUACAGCAGCUACACUCAGACCGGUCACAUCAUCCAUUGUAACUUUGCCGAUGAAGCGCUCCCGUUCCGGUUCAUUAUCGCCGAAGUGCUUCUGAAUAAAGUGAACAACUGCAAGACGGUCGUCCAAAAAGGAAAUAUCAUCACGAAUGUCUACCGGAAUCUCGAUCUCGAACUGCUCGCCGGGGUGGAGGAUUAUGAGACAGAAGUGAAAGAGAGCGGAUUGAGGUUCAAGAUGGAUUUCAGCAAAGUUUACUGGAACUCGAGAUUGAGCCAUGAGCACGAUCGAGUCUCUGCCAUUUUCAACGAGCAAUCCGUCGUUUACGAUGCGUGCUGCGGAAUCGGACCGUUCGCUCUUCCGUCCCUGAUUAAAAGAAAGCCGAGAAGAGUGAUGGCGAACGAUUUGAAUCCGGAAAGUGUGAAGUGGCUGAAGACGAAUGUGAAGCUGAACAAAAUCAAAGAGGAACGCGUCGAGGUCUUCAACAUGGACGCGAAAUUGUUCAUCAAAGACAAAGUGGCAGAAGACGUGCGACGGCUGAUGAAAGAGGAGGGAACUUCUGGAGCGUCGGAAGAAGAGCAAACGAACAAGAAAAAGACGGAAGUGCACGUGGUGAUGAAUUUGCCCGCGUACGCUGUUAACUUCCUGCCCGCUUUCCGAGGAGUUCUCCGGCAAUUCAGAAAAGAAAUUGAAGAUAUUCCAGAGGAAAAACGAUGGAAAUGGAAUGUUUAUUGCUAUCUGUUCGCGAAGGUUAGCUCCUUCUGUUCAAAAUCGUUAAAAAAGAGUAGAACGUUUCAGUCUCACGUAGAUGUUCCGGACACGUGGUACGAAGAGGAAGCACGCCGAAUGUGUGACCAGAAGACGCAAUGGGACAGAUCUCUCGUUGUCAAGUGCCACAAUGUAAGUGCCAAACUCUAUCUGAAAAGUGUAAUCAUAUAUUACAGGUGCGAACAGUCUCGUCGCGAAAGGAAAUGUUCUGUGCCCAACUGGAGCUUCCGUACGAUUUCUUGCUCGCUGAGCCACUUCCAGAAGAGCCUGAGAACGUGGAAAUCGAGCCGGAAGAGACGGAUGAGCCAAGCAGUAAACGGAUAAAGCGGAACGAGUGAUUCCGAUGUUUCAAGUGAAUGUUAUUGUUAUUUUAUUUUUGUUAUUGUUUCACAAAAUUCCUGGUUUAUAAAUGUUUGGGAAUGCCUACUUUUGUUGAUAAAGACUGUCGUAUCAACGAUGUCGGUACCUGAUUGAGUACAAUCUGAACUUUACACUCUUCUCGAUUAUCCUUUUCAGAUGAUGGCCCGGUGUCUUUCUCGUUUCUCAACGAUCCCCAGCUGUUCGACACGUGGCAAUGCCACACUUCCCUCCAUAAAUCUCUACAGUUUCAGACGACGGAUUGCCGAAAAACUUUCAAACAAGUAAAAAAUAAAUGUAGAGCCCUACCGCAAAACAAUUCCGCUGAUUUGCAGGUACAACGAGAAGCGAGUGCAUGAAAUCGGUCCGGAUCUCGCGUGUCUGGAGUGGUUGAUGGAGUGCGGCGCCACGAGCGUUCGAAUGUCGGACGGACAGACAGUCACGCGACAACGCGAGAUGCGGGACUACAUUCCGCAUGCGAUGGCCGAAAAGGACGCAACGGCCGAUCGUCCGGCCCUUCAGACUGGCGACAUCAGCUACGAGAAGCAGUGGCCGAACGCGCCGUACACGUGGAUCGUCGAUGUGGACGCGAGCGACUCGGCUAUCGCCAACGAGGGAUUCACGUACCUGCGGGACGUUCGGCGCAUCGAGAAACUCAAACUGAACUUUUGCGACUAUUUCGGAGACGAAGGAAUCAAAUUCUUAGCGCAAGGACGACCCGCACAGACGCUUACAGAUAUGGUAUCUAUUUAGAUACUGAGAAACUUGUGAACCGAACUGUUUUCAGGAAAUUGUCCUGAAUCCGUGUUUGACAGACGGCGCAGUCUAUUGGCUUCAAAAGCUGAGGGCUCUGCGGCGUGCGCACUUCUACUUCUUGCCGUACGUCGCCCACCGACAGGGAUUCGUUCGGCAGUUAAAGAUCGCUCUGCCACGUUGCAAUGUGACUUUCCCGGAAGUGGAUGCUAUUGGUUUCGGAUACGAAGAGCAGACGAAGACGAAACGGAAAUGA